UCCCCGCCAUUUACAACUGCUGCCUUCCCUUCCUUGCUAUUUACUGUAUACAUCAGUCUAUAGAAUAUCAUCUAAACUUAAAUGUUAUAAUCGACGCUCAGUAGAAGUCAAGGAGAACCGCUCCUAGGUGAUAACGUGAGGAUAGUUGACGGUGGCAGUUGUGUUGGUGACGGCGUAAACCAACAAGUGACUGUCGCUGCCCCCUCGCACUACAAGCUCAGUCUCGCUCAGGCUCUCGCGGAGCUCGUCCACCUAAGCACCGUGAAUCACGCUACUGCCACGCCACCCUUCUUUGGAGUCAAGUCUUCUCACUGUCAAAACAACUGGCUGGAAGCUACCAGUUUUAAUCGUCUACUGUACAUUUUCUUCAGUAUCUGAGAACCAACUUCCCACCACUAACUUUCUUCCCCGAACCAAUAGAACACGUGUUUUGAAUAAUCACAAACGUUUGCGGCAACGAAGAGCACUGCACACCCUUCACAAAACACCUGGGUGUUAUCGCACGAAGUCCUUACCCGCACUGAGCCCUCCAGUGCACCACCACUAAAAGUACAGUACUCAAUUAAUGGAUAAGAUCUCUCGGUCCUUCUUGAGAAAGCUGUGUAUAUCAUAGAGGACCCACACACCCCCAGCGGUAGGGCAGGUCACCCCUAGCACCUCAUUCUUGAAACAUCACUCAGCAACUAUAAAAACGCUAAAGCACUGUCAAGCACUUAUCUCAGGAGCCCAUAAGCACUUACAGCAACUGGUAGUGAGCAGUCUCUCCUGUGACACUUACCAAUCACGCCACUGCCAAUCAGUCCAUAAGUGCGUGUCACUCAGGCAGCAGGUGUUGACGAGGCCCUUCGGUGCCCCGCUUGUUUACCUUAGUUUGUGUCACAUUUGUCGCCACAAUUAAUAUGGCGGCAGCCUUAGUGGCCCGCGGGCCAGUUCGCUCGCGGUCCACUGAGAUCCUAUGUGCGGGUUCCUUCAGCAUCGUGGUGGACAGCGUGGACGGCGACGUGACAGGCGGAGACGCUGACGACGCGGUGUUCGGGGAGGACGGUGGCGGCGGAGAUACCGACGCCCGCAGUGACAUCUCUAACGCCUCCAGCCGCGGCUCUAGGACCUCCAUCUCCAAGGAAGAGGCCGACGCUAAGCUUGCACUCUUCAAGACUGAGGCAGCAGCAAGACUUACAGAGCUGGAGAGACUGCUGGACGAACAUGACCAGAUUAUCCGGGAGCUGAAGCGUUCAGAGAGCGACAGUGGAUGCAUCAACUAUGCUGGUGUGACAACAGCACCUUCAUCAGCAACCACGCUAAACAUGCUACCCAUCACAAUAACUCCACCCGCUACGUCCCGCACCGCCCCAACAUCCCCACUCUGCUCCCAGCCACGCUCCUCUCAGCACCAGCCAACCUGGAAGGUUGACCCAAAGGACCUCAACUGAAAGAAGAUCCUACUUUAGCAGGACUACAAGAAUUAUUUAAGAGGGAGAUGAGGUUGAGUUUAAAAGUUGAGCAAUUUAAAUGAUAAGUCAAUUCUUACUAAAACCAAUAGAGCAGAUCAUAUGAUUCACCGUGAAACUAGUAGGGCAGGUGAUGGUGCUGGAGGCAGCAGAAUGAUCCUGAUAGACAUUAGUAAAGUAAAAUUAAAUUAUGAGACGGUUAUCUUAGAAUAUUAUAUGCCUUUAAACCUUGAAGGCACCCAUAUUACACUAUUUCAUGUUUUAAAGAUACUGAUUUUUAUCCCCCUUUGUUUUGAGAACCUUAAUUCAUCCUUAUUGUUUGUUGGUACUGGAUGACCCACCUUACUGUAUAGCUGGAAAAAGUACCCAGCUUAAGAACAACAACUGGAGAAAGGAGGGUCAGCUGCAUACCACCACACUGAAGUUGGUUUAGUCUGAAAGACUUUUAUAAUAGUGUUAAGGAAAAUAACGGACCAAGACUGGUGGGACAAAUAUGGUGCUCUGCCACUAGGAAAAAAGUUCACCGGUGGGAAAAAUCUCUUUAAUGUCUAUUUCUUUUUAGGUUUUGGAAAUAUUUAUUUUAAAUACUGUACAGUGGAAUUCAGUUAAUAUCACAGUCUCCAUGCAGCAUAAAAAUUGGACAUUAAACAAACUUGGUUUCAAAAUUUGCUGAGGUUGUGCAGUGUUAUGUACCAGUACUCAAAGAAAAUAAUCCUGUAAGGAGUGAAGAAAUUUAUAUGGCCGGCAUAUUACAAUACAUAUACUGUAUAGAUUUAUAAGUUGUCUGGUAUGUAAUGCUUAUCUUUAGUUCUUUCUUCACAAGUUCAAUCUUUAUCUUUUUGAGCUUAACAAAACUUUUCCAGUACUAUACUGUUCUUUAAAGUGUUCUGACAACAAACUUGUCUAAUAGUGAGAAGGCUUUUUCACAUGUCUCAGUCAGUUCAGACAGCUGGUAUAAAUGCUUGAUUUCAUCCACAAUCUAUGAGUUGUCAAGUGAUGUGGUGCUCUCAAGAUUCUCAUGACUUCAGUUCAAAAUAACUAUCAGUGAAGCCUGUAGAAGACCUGUUUGACUUCCAUUCAACUCAAAAAAGUUUGCUUUCUCAAAACAGUGCACUUCUGUCACUUGUGACACUGCCAAACAUCACGAGUGAGUAUCAUGUCACUUAGUAGAUCCACUUUCUUGGAUAGAACAUCAAGACCACACCACUGUGUGUCCUCAGAUGACUGGAUAUGCAGUCUAACUUUGCUGUUUGACUUUGUAGUACCUGUGACUACAGCAUAACACAAGACAUCUUCCUGGGACUUCAUAUGACCAAAUUAAACUGCCUGGCAUUUGCUAUGUGUACCAUUGAGUUAAUCAGUAACCAAUACCUUUAAAAACGAUUACUACAAGCAAAAUGUGUCACUAAGUUGCGUGAGAAGUUAAGUCAAGGUUGUACAUGUUCAGUAUAGCCAAUAUGACAAGUGGUUAUCAGAAAUUUAUGAGAGAACUGUGGCACUUAGCAAGGUGAUAUCAGGUGCAUUCCACUGUAGUUGUAUUUUGCUUAUUUCUAACAUGGUAGUUUAAAUUUUACAAUGAUACUGUGCAUUGGUUGGGUUAACAGUUACCACAUAAUUUCUUGUAUGCAUAAUUAUGCAUUACCUGAAUUACAUUCAUUACUACAAUUCAACACACAGUACCACUUAAAACCAUCACACACAUCACAUCAGCUCAUUAUUCUGAAUAGCACAACAGUAUAGCACAGAUCUUUCAAUGCAGCAUGUUGCAUAACACUACAAAAGCAAACAAUGCAUGCCAGUGAGAUGCACAAUUCAACAGAACAUCAAAACACAGAAAAUAUUACAACAUGUUGCACAAUACACUGAGCAGAUGUAUUUCACUCUCACAAAACAGUACAGAAUACUUAAUAGCACCACAAGUGGCACCAUCAAACUUACUGGCACAGCACUUCUGCAUAUUACACCUCACAGGAUUUGUUAACACUGAACAGCACCCUUUCACUGCACACCACAACAAAGCACAUUAUGUAAGACCAGUGUUCAACAAAACACUAUGCACAGCAAAAGGCUCUAUUCAGUAUCACAACUGAGGACACUGUCCAGCACCAGAGUAGGCUGUAUAGAAUCACAGCUCAGCACAAUGCACCUAACUUUGUGGAACCAUACUACACCACAAAGUAUACAGCAGAGCACACUGAGAUGCACUACAGCACAUGACAAUGUGUAGCACACUAGCAUAUUGCAUACUACAACAGUGUAGAACACUACAGCACCACAGCACAAUGAAAUGCAAGGUACUCAAGCACAUUGCACAUUACAGCAAUCUGAGUGUGCAGCACUAUAGCACAUUGCACAGAACAGUAGUAUAAGUGUGCGGCACUACAGCACAUUGCACAGGACAGAAGUAUGAGUAGGUAGCACUACAACAUACAGGGUAUUGCAAAGUAAAGUAAUAUAAAAAUGUGCAGCACAACAGCACAUUGUACAGUAUGACAAUACUGUAUUGUAUAUUACACUGAGAAACACCAAGUCACUAGGAAGCACCAAAUCACUGGGAAGCACCAGAGAAUAGCAUAGCACAGUGCACAGCAUUAAACAGUGACGUAUAAUACAAACACGACACUGUGCACCAAUUUAAUACACUUCUGCAGCACUACAGCACAUUGUCUACUACAGAAGCACAGGACACAUAAAGCACUGCAUCAUAAUGUGCAGAAUGACAGCACUGUAAAGCAGCACACAAUAGCACAAGGUACAUUCAGAGCACCUGAGCACAUUGCACUCUAUGAGCACAGCAUAUUGUGGUGCAAAACAGUACACUAGCACAGCAGAACAAUAUUCACUAAUUUUUUUAAAAUCAAAUUUACAAAGUGCAUCAGUCCAUGAGUUACUUCAUUUAAAGAGUCAAAAUUAUUUUACUUUCAUAAUAUGUACACUGUGAUUCCAUAAAGGCAAUUAUGUUAUUACAUUCAUCUUAAGUUGGACCAAUAACAUAUGAACUGGAUUAGAAAAUCCAUGAAGGUCAGGAGUUGGAUCACAACAAAACUAUUACUGAAAAGACCCCAACACAAGGCAUCCAGUAUCACAAAGUGUGCCCAACAUUAUAGCACUGAGUAACUAUUAACUUCACAAUACACAUUAUUAAAGCAUAUAGUAGCCAUCACCAUCUCAGCAUAUUUCAAAACAGUACACAUUUUCAGAACAAACUUCACCUUUACUGUACAGAGCCACAACACAUAAACCCCAACAACCUGAUAUACUUCUAACCAUGACACCAAAAGCAGCUGGAUGUUAGUACAGUACUACCAGUACAGUACAGUAUGUGCAAAACCAACAAUUGGUUAACAGAAAGCAACAAUAUCUGUUUAGAACUGCAACACAUUAUCAAGUAUAAGAGUUGUGUUACUAAAUACAAUAAAGUAUCUAUCAAGUGGAAAUCUACUUUACAAAGUUAUCUAUUGCAAAAUAUUUGAACAUUCUUAUUAUGAAAUUUAAGAAUAUAAAAUAAUUUUCUUUUAGUUAGUUUACAAAUAUUUGAAGAAACUAAUGGUAUAACAACUUGACAGAAACCACUUGGCUCCAAACUUCGGUUGACAUAUUCUUUAUUGUAACAUGAUCAAAAUAUUAUAUACCCGGUAGAUCACAAACAGUUAAGUACCACUAAAAUACUAACCUAAAGAUCCCACAAUAAGUGGACAUCAUGCAUCUGUCAGAAUUUGGCAAAAAAAUGGAAGCAUAGAAAGUCAUUAUGGCACUGUGUAAUUUAUAAACAUACCUAUACUGUACUGUACUGUACAGUAUCAAAUUUCAAGAGAGCGAAUAAAAAGCCUCGUAAUAUCUUAUCAGUAUUUUUUUUUAAUCUUUGUUUUGUACUGGGAAUUAUUUUCAAGUGGAUGCUGUUGUAGUAUAUACACUAUAUCCAUUUGCAUUCAUUUUGAGAAAAUCUCAGAAUUACAAAAUGCUUAUAGAUAUUUUACUUGUUUGUUUUGAAUGAAGGCUAUUCAGUAUGGCUAUAUGUAGAAAUUCUUCUUAACAGUACCCGGUAGUUGGUACAGUACUGCAGUUGCCCCCAGGUGUUCUACCCCUCGGUGGCCAUUCCACAGAGCGGCGGAACACUAUAUCUGUGGGCAACUGUACAUCAAUUGGUAUUCAUUCUGAAAAUAUAGGCUACAAAUAGUAGAUGAAUUAUGAUUUCUGCUCAUAUUCCAUUAAGUGAUAAGUCUGAAGCAAUACAUUUGUGCAUUAUGCAGACUCAAUUUAACUGACCCUAGAUGAUUAAGUAUUGUAUGGGGAAAUGUUAAAUUCUUUAGUGUUGCACAAAUGUGUAAGUUAAAAGUUGAAAAUAUUUUUCAUCGUUUCUAAAUUAAAAAACUGAUAUUUCUAAUUGUAACCAAUGUUUGUUUCCGCAAGAGACCCAUAAAAAUCUUAAAUCCCUCUACAGUAUAAAAUACUGUAUUGUACAUUAGUUGUUUGGCAUUGAGUAUUCAAGUGACAAGGAUCAUGUUUGUAGGAGCCUUGGGAUAAUACAACAUAGGCAGGUCUAUAAUUAUAGACCUGCCUAAGUUGUAUUUGCAUUACAUUACACUGGCUCAACUUUAUGAAGUUUGCACUACUUGAAUCUUGAAUUAAUACUUAAAACAUUUCAUGACUACCUUUAGAAUGGGUGUAAUUAAAUGGAAUGCUUUAAGAAUUUUCUUAGCAUCUAGGAAAUGUCAAAGUCCUUAUGUGUUGUAGGGUGGUGGUGGAUAUGAGUUAGAUAUAAGAAAAAACAUGAGAAACAGGAAUAUCUUUAAAGUUACCAAUGCACAAGAAAAUAUUUGAAUUUACUUUACUUGUAUGACCUCAAAGCUAAUGGUUGAGGUUUUUAUUUCUAACUUUUGUUUCUUGGAUUACUUUUUGUUUUGCCUUCAAGAAUUUAUGAACACGUAUCAUUCCAUAUUCAUUCGAAUGCUGCCAACGUUUAAUUUAUUUGUUCUCUAUUCUUUAUCAUACUAUUUUAUUUACUUCAAUUAUCUACUUUUAUUCCAACAAGGAUAAGUCUUUGUUAAGGAAUUCCUCCUUAGGCUCCUUUGCACUAGGAUAUAUAAACUCCUAAUAAUAUGUAGCAUGAACUAAACAAAUGAUGUUAAAUAGCUAGUGCACACAGUAUCCAUAUUCAUGUCUAAUGAUUACAAAAUAUAAUCAUAUGAUCAAAGUGAAAUACUGUACAAUGAUGGAAACUAUUGUGAAUCAUCAUUGACUAUUUAUGUAUCUGUGAUGGAGUGAACCAAUUAUAUAUAAAGUGCAGUAUAUGACUUGUUGAACAUUUUAGUCUUUGACUCAGCCCACAGUGGUCAGGAUAUUAAAUAAGUACAAGGUGUGUACAGUAUUCCAUUCUGUAUGUGAGUUUUACAAACCCUAAGUUAAAGUUAUUUAUUUUAAAAUAUAAGUGACAAGAGUUACUUCUCUUAUGACUUGAGGAUUGUUAACUUUUUCUACAAUAGAAAAAACCAAAGUUAUGGAACCCAUUUUAUGAUCAUGCCACAUUCACCUACUUUUACCUGUGGGUGGAUAAUUUAUAGUUGCAGGCUAAUUUGCAGCAAUAAGGAACUGCUUGCUUGUAGUCAUACCAAAAAAUCUUAUUCCUUAAAAAUCAACCUAGUUUCUUUGCUUUUACAUAGGCAAUAUAAUACAUGAAUGGUAUACCUUCAGCAUGUUUAAUUUUUCCAAUGAGUAACAAUAAUUGGUGCUAGAUGUAAGACUGUACAUAUAUGAGAUCACACAGGACCAAGGAAACUACAGACAUUAUUAGAAAUAUCCAGAUAAAACUAGAAUAUAGUAAAAGAAUAUUGUUUAAAAAACUUGGUACCACUGUUGGGUUGAGCUGAAGACAUAAGGGUACUGCUAGAACCUCAAGAAGUGGUCUAAGUUUGUAUAACAAAACUAAUUCUAUAUUAGUUUUAUUGUGUUUUAGAAACUAGAUAUAUGAUGAGUUUGGCAUAUCAAUAGCUGUGGUAGCCUGUAUGAAGCUGGUGAUAGCUGAUAGUCUUAUGCAUGUGAGGAGUUCAUGUUCCCAUGCAGUCUGUCGUCAUGUACAGGUGUGUUUAUGUACUCUAGAUGUUGCAGGCAUAUGUACAGGGCCUAUGAUUGGUGAUAGUCCCUAUUACAGCCUUCAUAUUCUUGUUUACAUCAAAAUAUCAUAUAUGGUUUUUAUCCCUCAUGUUUCUUACAUGUAUGAGAGUUGUAUACCCAAAAACAUGUUUUAAUGGGGUUUCUAUGUCCUGUGAAUAUCAUUUUGACACCUGGAGGACUCAUAUAUCCUUUCAUACAAUUGUGACAAACUGCAGACUCAAAUUCCUACUUUAAAUCUAUUAUCAUUUUAGGAAUUGUAUUCCUAUACAUAAUUUUAAGAGAACUUACAAAUUGAUAUUUGCCAUUACAAAAGCAAUGAAUAAGAUUCCUGUUGGUGCAGUUAUGACAUAGGAAUUAACUUCCCUUUGCUUAUAUUUUUGAAAUUUGGGAUUCGCAUUAUCCUAUUUUUCAUUUAUUUUGAAUAUUUGACUGCACAUCCCCUUUGACAAGGUUGCUGUAUGUGUCUUGCUUAUAAGAUCUAAAGACAGGGAACUAAGACUGUAAUUCAUAUGGUCUUGUUGUAUAAAUGGUAUGAUAAGAAAAGAAUUCAAGUAAUCUUAUGCAUUAUCAUUAAAUACUGUUUGUAUAUCUGCUAUGGCAGCUAAAUCUUGUUAAUUAAAAAAUUAGUAAAAAUUUGAAACGUCAACAAAAUACGUAAAAUACAGAAAAGAGAAAUGUUUGUAGAAUGGUAACUUGUUUAUUCUUCACUAAGGGGUGUGCAUUAACAAGCUUUAGCAGUAUAAACAUAUAUUUCACUUGAGUUUAGGUAAUGUAGUACAGUGCUAUACUGUAUAGUACAGUAUGUAUAUGAAAAUUUGGUUUGGUCUGCUAUAGACAACAAUUUAACCUUAAGUUAGCAUGUUAUUCAUGUAUGUAUUUCCAUUUAGUUUAGAUCUUCCAAGUGAAAGAUAUAUAUGUAUAAAAUGUAAAUUAAUAAAAUUGUACUUACAUUA